AUGAAGAUGGGAACACUUUCUAACAUUACUGGACUCACGUCUUACGGCCAUCAGCUCACCGGACACGUUACCAACCAGAACACGGUGCAUUCUUCGGACGACAAGAUUAAGGUGGUCCACUCGAUUGGGAUCCCAGCAACACACGAAGGCGAAGUCGCGCCUGGAAUGGAACAUUCGCCCGGUCCUCUUCCCGACGACUUGGCUUCCGCUGAAGUCCUGCCAGAAGAUGACUUUGAGCUCAAGCGCGAGAGGCUGGAGGUCUCCGGUUGGGGCACACCAACUGCGACGUGA